UCACCGCUCAGUUCUCGCUAAAAUGGCAGAGGUCGGUCAGCGGCUGGGGAGCGGAGCUUACCGGCUGUCCGCUCUCAGAAACAGCCAGAGUCGAGGGGUGUGCCCUGGAGGAGGUCCCCAAUCUUUGCUGAUUAACUCCACCCUCAGUGACAACCGGUUAAAAGAGGAGUCCAGCUGCGACCAACAUCGUGAAAUUCAGCCAGCGUCAAGAAGCAGGGCGACACAACGCAAAUCAGAGAAACUUAGGACAAGUGAAAGUCAACAGGAAAGUGGGACUUGUGUAAGAUCUUUGAAACUUAAUUCCUCCCGUUUUAUCAAAGAGAGCCUGCAUGCUCACACAACAGCCCUGUACCUCUCAGCAAGGCUGCAGCCUCUCCUCCAGGAGAAGCUGCUGUACGGCAGGAUGGCAUCCUGGACCAGAGGAACUGUUUCCAUCCACCCUGACACCUGCAGGUCCCCUCAGCAGCUGCGAGCUUACGGCACUGUCAUCUUCAUUCUGGCAGAGCAGUGGUCGGAGAGGCUGAGGCAUCUAAAACUUCAUCCUGACACCCUGACAUCAUCUAGAAGAAGCUACAGCUGGAGGAGUGACCGCAGCUCAAAAGAUGCUCCCCCGCCUAAUGGAAGCAGAACGUCCUAUUACGACAUCCUCAGAGUGUCCCCCACGGCCACACAGUCCCAGAUCAAGACAGCCUACUACAAGCAAUCCUUCAUCUACCACCCUGACAAGAACCCGGGUCAGGAGGAGGCCACACAGCGCUUCUCUGAUAUCAGCGAGGCCUACUCGGUGCUGGGCAACAUCAGUCUGAGGAGGAAGUACGACCGUGGUAUUUUUAGCAGGUCCGACUUUCAAAGUACGGGGAGACCGUCCUCCAACGAGACCUCGAGCAGAUCCUCAGGCUCCCCACAUCAGCAUCAAUACAGAACCAGGCGGUUCUCCCAAGCUGGGAAGAAGGCCAUGUUUGAUUUUGACGCCUUUUAUCAGGCUCACUACGGCGAGCAGCUCCAGAGGGAGAAGGACAUGAGAGCCAGGAAGCAGCUCAUGCAGGAGCAGGAGAAGGAGAAUCUUAGCAAGUGGAAGGAGAAGAGAUUUUAUGAUAUGACUGUGGCGAUGCUGCUGGCCAUGGCAGCGGUUAUUUUAGUCCAUCUCAACCAGCCCUGAAAUCGAAGCAUCAACUUGGCGUGCCCCUGUGUGGGGUUUCAUAUUACGACUCUCAGGGGGGGUGGAGAUCGAGGGGAGGGAGUCCUACCUCAGACUGUUUUGCAAGUGUUGCACAUGUUCUGACAGUUGGAGAUGAUUAUCUUUACCGUGUUUCAGGAGUAAACAAAAGCCAAAUCACUGUGUCUCAUUUGUUAGAGAUCGGUUUGUUAUUCAUGUGUCACAAGCUGAUUGUAUCAAGACAGCAACUGAAAAUGUUAAUUCUCUUAAUUGUUCAAAGAAGCAGAAUAAACAAACAUUACACACGCAUACACAUACAAAGGGGUGCUGCGUGAUUAUAAAACAAAUGUCAAGAAACUGGAAAUCUAUUUCUACUAUUCAAGCAUGAAGCUAAUUCAAGAAUCUCAAAAGCCCCCAGUGUUUGGGUAAUAUCAUAUACACACUUAACGGCGUUCUCACAUUUGAUUUAUUAUAAAAUUAUCGUUACUAUAUUGUACAAUGUUAAUUCUCCUUAUCCCGAGACGCAGGGUGUGUGUGUGUGUGUGUGUGUGUGUGUGUGUG